GAAUCUUAAACACCUCCGAGUCAAGGCUGUCUGUCAGUCUGCCACUCAGUCGAGCGAUCGGUUCAUGACUCAGAACCAGCGCUACUCCAUGGUUCUUUUUUUUUUUUCUGAAGGCUGGCAAACAGGAAGUGGCUUGUGAAGUCAAGGAUGCAUCUGUUUGUAGAAGCCUUUCAGGAGGCUGUGGUGAAGCUACCUUAUUUUGUGGGGAAUGCCAUGGUGACCCACAGUGAGAUGCGGCGCAUCCUGAGUGAGAGCUUCUUUAUGGUGAAGGGAGCUGCGCUCUUCCUCCAGCAAGGGAGCUCUCAACAGGGCCAGAAAGUGCAACCCCACCACAAACAUGCAGGGGACUUACCACAACACCUACAGGUGAUGAUAAACAUUCUUCGCUCAGAGGACCGGAUCAAACUGGCCGUGCGGCUGGAGAGUGCAUGGUUAGAUCGUGUGCGAUACAUGGUAGUUGUAUACACCAGUGGACGGCAGGACACAGAGGAGAACAUCCUACUGGGAAUCGACUUUACUAACAAAGACUGCUGUUCGAUUGGCAUGGUGCUGCCUCUGUGGAGUGACAGUAAAAUCCAUCUGGAUGGAGAUGGGGGCUUUACUGUGAAUACGGCAGGGCGGACUCAUGUCUUCAAACCUGUGUCAGUGCAGGCUAUGUGGUCAGCUCUCCAGGUGCUCCACAAGGCCUGCGAGGUGUCCCGUAGAUACAACUAUUUCCCUGGGGGAAUGGCUCUCACUUGGAUGGGUUACUAUGAAAGCUGCAUUGCUUCAGAGCAGAGUUGCAUCAAUGAAUGGAACACCAUGAAGGACUUGGAAUCCACACGUCCCGACUCGCCUACGAUGUUUGUCGACAAGCCUUCAGAGAGAGAGAGGACAGAGUGCCUUAUCAGAGCCAAACUCCGAAGCAUCAUGACAUGCCAGGAUCUUGAGAACGUCACAUGCAAACAGAUCCGUACGGAGUUGGAGCAGCAUAUGAGCUGCAACCUGAAGGAAUUCAAAGAGUUCAUCGACAAUGAGAUGCUGUUGAUUUUGGGACAGAUGGACAAAGCCACGCUCAUCUUUGACCACGUUUACCUGGGCUCUGAAUGGAAUGCGUCAAAUUUGGAAGAACUGCAAGAGACAGGGGUGGGCUAUAUCCUCAAUGUUACCAGGGAGAUAGACAACUUUUUUCCAGGCACAUUCAGUUAUCACAAUAUACGCGUGUAUGACGAAGAGGCCACUGACCUGCUGGCUCACUGGAAUGAUACGUACAACUUCAUUGUGAAAGCAAAGAAGAACUACUCCAAAUGUCUUGUUCACUGUAAGAUGGGUGUCAGCCGAUCUGCCUCCACAGUCAUCGCGUAUGCCAUGAAAGAAUACGGCUGGUCGCUAGAGAAGGCGUACAACUUUGUCAAGGAAAAGAGGAGCAUCACACGACCUAACCCAAGUUUCAUGAGACAGCUGGCAGAGUAUGAGGGCAUCCUUGAUGCCAGCAAACAGCGUCACAACAAGCUGUGGCAUCCAGACGCAGACUGUGAGAUGGCCGAGGGUCAGCAGGUCUCAGUCCAAUGCUGUGGUGAGGAAGAGGGAGACCACCUGACCCCAGAGCCAGCGAUGUCUCCCUGCUGUGAAGAUGUGCUGCCCGACAAAGGCGCGGCAUGCCCCUCCCCUUGCCGAAAAGUAGCUCUGGAGAUCGACCCCGCCUACAACAACUAUUAUUUCCGGAGGCUGUCUGACUCUGCGCUGGACAGUGAGCCCUCAACACCUGUGCGUGGCCCCCCUCUACUUGGCAUGGAGAAGGUCUUCAUUGAAAUUGAGGAUGUUGAGCGAGAUGCUCUGCUGGAUGAUGAGGCAUUUGAUGGGCGGGAGGGCCUGGGGCUUCCCCCUUUUGGCUCAACAGCGGAGGGCACCGCAGCCCAGACCGGCAACCGUGGCCCAGAGCCCCUGGAGGAGCUGCGUCUGAGACUGGAGUUUAGCACAGUAGAGGAAGAGGAUGAAGAAGAUGUGCAAAAGGAGGAGGCAGACAUGGAGGUCCUAAUGCAACCAGAUGACGGAGGGGGUGGGGACGGAGGUGGAGGAGCGGAGGAAACGCAAGAUUUAGAGGUCGAAGGGGAUGCAGACGGCAAUGGCAUGGACCUGGUAACUCUGAACGAAAAUUCCAACAACAACAACCGUUUUACCUCUCACCAGAACAUUAAUGGAAAAGCUGCCACGCUUGCAGCUGAUGUGUCUUUAUUUUCACGGAGGGGUUUAAAUUCCAAGCGGAUGGACAUUUCUCCAACCUCUGUUUCAGAGCCUUGCCUUAAGCUCAGUCCUACUGACGUCCCAAGUGCUCCAUUCCUGCUAUCUUCAAAAGACCUUGAGUCUACCAUGGUGUCUCUUUCCGACUGUGCCAACAGUGCUUCCUUUGGUCCCGCAGCUCUCCCAGAUGUACCGCAGCAGCCAGCUGACUCCCUUCAUCAUAUUGUCGGGGUGCAGGACUGUGGUGAUAUGUGGCAUGUAAACAGAGAGUGUGAGAAUAGGCCACCUUUGGGUUCUGCAGAGGUUCUCCCUGAGCUGAUGACACUGGAGUUGCACAAAGAUACACCUUGCCACCUGAACCAGCAGGAGGGGACCUUUGUGGAGCUUCAGAAGCCAGGUGUGGUGCGCCGCCAUGCAGAGAGAUUGGAGAGACUUUCGGGUUUGACCCAAGAGAGCCUGCCUUCUUCUCUAAAGCCUUUACCCGCAUGUCAAAUGUCCAAGAACUUUCAGCAUGAGGAGGAAGGGGAAGAGUUCCCUGUCUUUCCAAGGGACUUGAUAAAAUCAUCUACACCGUGCCAAGUAAGGUUAGAGCCCCUGGUUGUUCCCCUUACCAAUGAAGCCUUGUUGGGGGUGGUGGGGGCGGGGAUGCUUACCCCCACCUCCUCGCCUCACGGCACCACAUUGACGCGCAGCUCCAGCAGUGACAGUCUGCGCAGCGUGAGAGGAAAGCCCGGCCUUGUACGUCAGCGGGCACAAGAGAUCGAGACACGGAUGCGUCUGGCGGGCCUCACUGUGUCGUCCAGGCUCAAACGGUCCAACUCGCUGGCCAAGUUGGACAGCCUCAAUCUCUCCUCCGAAGACCUGUGCUCUGCCUGCUCAUCAGAUGCAGGAACACUACUGCUUCUCUCGCUGUCCCCGGAGCCAGAUCACAGCAUGGAGUGGGAGUCUCCUGCCACCCCCGCUCAAUCCCGACCCUGCCAGGACUUGGACACUGCAGAGAAAGCUCUAGCAGGGGAGCCCAUAAGCUGACCGGCAUGUUGGUUCUCCAGCUCCCUCUCAUUUCUCAUCCCGUAGCACUGUAGAGGGUUGUACAGAUUGUGGAAACAAAAAAGAAUAUUUACACCACAUUCACAUGUUUGUCAAACUGCUUUGACAGUGACCGUCAUAUUGCUGUAUCUGAUAAGAGAAGCCAUCAGUUCACCUCUGACAUGGUUGGGAUAAACAAGUGCCUUACGUUUGAGACCAGAGAGGCACCAGGUUUUAGGCAGAAGGGUAAGAGGGUGAAAACAACCUUCAAUUCACAGCCCCUAGUACGUGGUAUGUACUGAAAAUGUGUAUUGUAUCCAUCUGUAUUUUUUUUUUAUUCAGUCCGGUACAAAGUAGUAUUGGUAAUUGACCAACCAGUUUUUCUUUCUUCCUGUCAGAAAGUGUUGUUUUUGUAAGUAUUAAUAAUUGUACAGUUGUACUACACUGUUUUGUUUGUUUUGUUUUUGUUUUUUUUUGGUCUUAGAUGCCACAGGCCUUCAUGUUGAUAUCGUGGAGAGCCAUUUCAUGCUGAAGUUGAGAUCAAAUUAUGAAAUUGAUGCGUGACGAAGCCCGAGUUUGAUUGAGUGAUUGAAAUGACAAGUGGAGAGAGUGUGGCGUUUUACUGUCUUCAACCAACAUAAGAACAAUUUCUGAGUGUGCUGUUCCUUUGCACUUUUUUUUUUAAAUUAUGUAUCAUGGUACACAACAAGCUAUGUUCCAAAAUAACAUUGAAGUAAUGUUAACCACCUCAUAAUUCCCUUCAGUGAUUUUAGGGAAAGCGGUAAGCAAUCAUGCUGCGUGGCUUGAAUUAUAUUUAAUGUAACGCAAAUCAAGGAUUUCAGAUCAGAAAUUUACUUUUUCUUUGGCCAUAGUCCUUUUAAAAUUCUUGAAAAGCUGCAAGUACAAAAAUAAAUCAUCCCUUAGGAUUGCCAACAUUAUUUUUAAAUGUGAAAAACCAAAGCGCUGCGGUUGUCUCAUCAAUUUAAAGCUGUAUGAUAUAGUCCUUGUGUAUAUCAUGUAUUUAAACGCUGUCACAUCAUUUUGCACAUUUGGGAGAAAUGGGAAAACUUGAGGGAGUUGUUGGGCUUAUUGCUGUUAGGCUUUUAUGCUCAUAUCCACUUUUUUUAAACUACGAUCACAAUAGGUUACGCCAUUUUUGGUAACCAUGUUUUUUUAUACUUAAAGUAUGCAGUAACUUUUGUACUGUACAUUGCUGUAGUCUGAUUGCAUAUUGCACUUUUUAUGUUAACGUACUGUAUGUGUCAUUACGAAAAUAAACAUGUUUUUUUUUCA